ACCAAGAGCGAGCCAAGUUGUACAGAAAAACCUGAACCUGUGUCUUUUCAUUUUCCAAAGAGAGUAUGUGGCCUUUUGGGGGAGAUGUCAUUUAGAAGUAAGAACUUUCCUGUUCCCAUAAAUACAACCGGGAGAGCUACAGAAAAGAGAAGGGGAUUUUCUUAUAUGUAUGCUAAUGCUAUACACCAAACCUCCUCCCUCAGCUCUUCCAUCAGUCCUCGCCUUCAGCAGGUGAAUGGUAUUCUGGAGAUCGAUUCUCCUCCGUUGAUGAGCCCUUAUUUGCUCUUUCCUUCCUUUCAUUCCACCUAGCCCAUACCCACUUCAGAACGAUGAACCCUCCGAGUGCAUAGACCUGCAAACCACACAUAACCUGGUCAGGUCUUUACCACAGCAGAAAGUAGAGAACAAACUUGCAAGCCUGAAAGUAGUUAAA